ACACAACCACAGCCACAUUCACUACCAUCUCUACAUACUCACAUAUUCACAACUUCAUCUAUAUAUUCUCCUAUCUGUGCCCCAAAUCUCCUCACCCAUAGAAGCCAUAGCAGCAAGCAACUUCCUCUUCUCCAUCAUCAUCUUCCACAUCAGUCUUCAAAACCCAUAUCGACCCUGCAAUCGAAAUAUAGCGGAAAAGCUCUGGAUUAUAUAUAUAGAGAGGUAAAGAGUAGAGAGAGAAUCGAUCGGGGGUAAAACCCAGAAGUUCAAGUUGUAGACAUCAUCACGGCUAUACACAGAGUUUCUCGGCCCCUCUUACAUGUCCGGGCUGUACGUCGCAAGGGUUGUGUAGUCGAGACCAACCCUUCGCCGCACGGUGGACGUGGCGCUUUGCCUUCUGAAGGCGGCAGCCCCUCCGACCUCCUUUUCCUCGCCGGCGGCGGUUCCUCCCUCUCCUCCAUCUACUACUAUUUUAUUUAGGUCUAUAGUAGUUUUACCCAACAAUAAUUCUUAAAAUUCUUUAUAUCCUUGGUUUCUAUAUCUAUCGUCGCUCGAUCGGUUUGUUUUUCUACUUGGUGUGUGUGUGUAUUGUUUUUAUCUGAAUUCACGAUGUUGAGGAUCAAGAGGGUUCCUACUGUUGUUUCCAAUUACCAAAAGGAUGAGUCGGAGGAAGGUGCUCGGCCUAGAGGCGGUUGCGGCCGGAAUUGCCUCCAGAAGUGUUGCCUUCCAGAGGCGAAGCUACCUCUUUAUGCUUUCAAGAAGGUGAAUGAGAUUGUUGGUGAAAAGGGUCUUCAUGCCCACGAGAACAAAGAGCCUCCCGUUGCUUUCUUGGAUUCCCUUCUUCUCGGGGAGUGGGAGGAUCGGAUGCAGAAAGGGCUUUUUCGCUAUGACGUCACUGCUUGCGAAACCAAGGUAAUUCCAGGAAGGUAUGGCUUCAUUGCACAGCUGAAUGAGGGUCGACACCUUAAGAAGAGGCCGACUGAGUUUCAAGUUGAUAAGGUCUUGCAGCCCUUUGAUGGGAACAAAUUCAACUUCACUAAAGUUGGACAGGAAGAGGUGCUUUUCCAGUUUGAAGCAAGUGAAGACAAUGAUGUCCAGUUCUUCCCGAAUGCACCCAUUGAUGUUGAGAAUUCUCCGAGUGUUGUGGCCAUCAAUGUUAGUCCUAUUGAGUAUGGUCAUGUACUUUUGAUCCCUAGGAUUCUUGAAUGCCUUCCUCAGAGGAUUGACAAGGAUAGCUUCUUGCUUGCUCUUUACAUGGCAGUAGAAGCUGGAAACCCGUACUUCCGAUUAGGUUACAACAGCUUGGGUGCAUUUGCUACCAUCAACCACCUUCAUUUCCAGGCUUAUUACUUGGCUGUGCCCUUUCCUAUCGAGAAGGCUCCCACUGUGAACAUAACUGAUUUGAAUGGAGGGGUGAAAACCUCUGAGCUGUUGAAUUAUCCAAUCAGAGGUCUUGUGUUUGAGGGUGGAAAUACUCUUGAAGAUUUGUCCAAUGCUGUCUCUAAUUCGUGCAUUUGCCUUCAAGAAAACAACAUACCUUACAAUGUGCUUAUCUCUGAUUCUGGAAAACGGAUCUUUCUCUUCCCACAGUGUUACGCUGAGAAGCAGGCUCUUGGAGAAGUGAGUUCUGAGCUUCUGGACACCCAAGUAAACCCGGCAGUGUGGGAAAUUAGUGGACACAUGGUUUUGAAGAGGAAGAAGGACUAUGAGGAGGCGUCUGAAGAAAAUGCUUGGAGACUCCUUGCCGAGGUCUCCCUUUCUAAGGAGAGGUUUGAAGAAGUAAAGGCUUUGAUCUUUGAAGCUAUCUCUUGUGGUGAUGAAGGAAGUGGAAGUGUUGCUCAGAGCUUGCUUGAGGAGCCCGAUGACACACCUCAAUCUCUUGAAAAAGCAGAUGCCCUUAACAAAAGCUCCCGCCAUGCUAUGGUGCCUGGGAAGCAAGAAUGCCUAGUUCUGCAGUGACAAUUGGGCAUUUCUAUGAACUUGUCAGUGGUCUGUGUGUAUUACUUAAUUAAAUAUGGUAGUAUGCUACUGGAGUUUGUCUGUUCAUGUGAAAUAUCCCUAAAUAAGGCAAACUAGGUUUGCAUUGUUGUUGAAGUUGCUUCUGGUCAGCCGAUCAGCGAUGGUAUUAUGUUUAUUUCCCUUGUGGGCAUGUGUAGAAUACCAUGUGGAUUUUGCUCUCAUAAGCUAUUGAAUGCAUGUUUGAAGUUUCAUUCA